CCGGAGAGGCACGGAGUGSAGCGGCAAUUUCGGGAGAGAAGGAGCUCUGAAGGACCAGGAAAGGCUCCUCAGCUUCCUGCGAAGCCCUGAGGGAGAUGGAGGUGCCGCGGGCGGCCGGGAUGUGGCUGCUGCUGGGAGCGCUGUGCCUGGCCCCGGGGCUGCGAGGAGGCGGAGCCGGGGUUGAAGCUUUCCGCAACCCCGAGACGUUCAUGAACAUCAGCCAGAAGAUCACUUUCCACGGCUAUGCCAGCGAGUUGUACGAGGUGAUGACGGAGGACGGGUACUUCCUGACCGUCAACCGCAUUCCCCGCGGCAGGAGGGACCGUAGGCAGUCAGGAUCCGGGACCCCCGUGCUGAUAGUGCAUGGGUUUUGUCAGGAUGGUGGUGACUGGGUGGACAAUUUCCCUGACAACAGCCUGGCCUUCAUCCUGGCGGAUGCCGGAUACGACGUCUGGCUCGGGAACAACCGGGGCAACAGCUGGUCCCGCCGGCACCAAAACCUGUCUGUUGACUCUGUGGAGUUCUGGGAUUUCAGCUUCCACGAGAUGGCCAUGUACGACCUCCCGGCCAUGGUGGGCUUCAUCCUGAUGCAAACUGAGCAGGAGAAGCUGUUCUAUGUUGGGCAUGCGCAGGGCAACACCCUGGGUUUCAUAGCAUUUUCCAGCUUGCCUCACCUGGCCAAGAAAAUCAAACUCUUCUUUGCCCUGGCUCCGGUGUCCACUCUCCGCUAUGCCCGGGGCCCCGUGUUACGGACUGCCUUUCUACCCGAAAGUGUUCUCAAGGAAAAGUAUGGAAGCAGAGAGCUGGUUCUGGUGAAGAGGAAGGAUAGAGAUGCCCUGGUUGUGAAGUGCAGCAGGCGCGUGCCAGCGGAACGGUGUGCCAUAGAGCUCUUUCUUGCCGGAGGAUUUGACAGGGAGAACUUGAAUGUGAGCCGCCUGGAUGUGUAUCUAUCUCAUUUUCCAGACUAYACGUCAGUAAAAAACCUUCUGCACUGGGGACAGACUGCUAAAACGGGCCACUUCAGGCAGUUUGACUAUGGGCCGAGGAACCAGGAGAAGUACAACCAGCCCACCCCACCCUUUUACAAGAUCGAAGACAUGAAGGUGCCCGUGGCCCUGUGGAGUGGGGGGAGAGACUGGGUGAGUCCCCCUGAGGAGGUCCAUCGUCUGGUGCCUCGCUUUUCCCGACUUGUCCACAAAGAACACUUCCCUGAGUGGAACCACUUCGACUACCACUGGGGCUUGAAUGCCCCUCAGCGGCUGUACAUGCAGAUGGUGACCCUGAUGAAGGAAAACCCAUGAACCCAUCCCCAAAUCCAUCCCUUAAUCCAUUUAUGAAUCUAUCCAUGAAUCCAUUCCUGAAUCCAUCCACAAAUCCAUACACGAGUCUAUGCAUGAAUCUCUCCAUGAAUYCAUCCCCAAAUCCAUCYCUGAAUCCAUCCCCGAAUCCAUCCACGAAUCCGUCCAUGAAUCUAUUCAAGAAUCUAUCCAUGAAUCUAUCCAUGAUUCCAUCCCUGAAUCCAUCCAUGAAUCCAUCCACGAAUCUAUUCAGGAAUCUAUCCAUGAAUCUGUCCAUGAAUCCAUCGCCAAAUCCAUCCAUGAAUCCAUCCCCAAAUCCAUCCAUGAAUCCAUCCCUGAAUCCAUCCCUGAAUCCAUCCAUGAAUUUAUCCAUGAAUCCAUCCCUGAGUCCAUGUGGGAAGCCAGCAGGAGGCUGCCUGCAGCCUCUGCAGCUGUGAUCUCGGGUACUGUAGAUAAGCAAAUUUGAGAAACAGAGCUUUGGAAUGUGAACUGUGUGUUGACAUUUUACAACAAGAAGCAGACAUUGUGACCAGUUAGGAGAAGGAAAUAGAGCUCGUGUUAUUCAUGUAAUGUGGAGAAAAUUAUAGAAGAUUUUGCUUUGAAAUAAUAAA